AGAGCAAUCAACAAUCAGAUGUUUUGGCAACAAGCCUUCUUCAGUUAAUAAUCUCAUUUAAUAUAAAACACUAUUUAGUUUUUUUGCAAAUGUAAAAAAUAAUGUGUGUCAUUUCUUUCUCCUCUCUUGCAGCACUUUGUGAGGCUGCACUCACUGAUAUCCAGCAAAUUGUCCAGAUGUGAAGCGCUUGUCGAGGGUUUGGGCUCGGUUCAGCAAAGCAUUUGGCUUCCAAGACUCUUCGCUCACAAACCCCAUUGCCCGUGACUGUAUUUUCACACUAUUAAUGCAGCUCAGGGGUGCCUGCGAGGAGGAUGUUGGCAGACCGGCUUUCAGAAAACACAUGGGAUUCUGUCCUCUAGCAAGUUCACUCUUCAUCAGUGUGUGAAAGGGACAGAAUCCGGAAGUUAAAAGAUUUCUGCUAACUGCCAAACACUGGAGAUCCGGUGUGCCAAAUAUUUCAUCAACCAUUAUCAACGGCUCCUGCUUUGUUUUUUUGUUUUUUUUACAUGCGAGUUCAUACACUGGAAUAUCUGCGUUUGGUGGAUUUAUAACCGUUCACAGUGGAUUUAACAUUCUGCACUCAGAAAAACUGGUAGACACAGUAUAAACAAUGCAUUUUCUGGACAUUUGUUGUGGAUUCCUAAAUCCACUGAUUGUUCUCCCAUGACCACUUUUCAUGGUGCACAUCCCACUGCUGCAAAGAAGAAAUCGAUGAUGACGAAAAGCACAAAUUAUGUCAUUAUGGCAUUGCCUUUCUCUGAACACAUGAACUGGGGAGGGAUUUUUCGCUCCCACUUUCUUCUUUUUCUCUUAUCUUUAUUACCCUCGACUGCAGUUAGUAGCGUGCCAGGUUUGGAAUAUGAUUGGGGAACGCAACCCAAACUUGUUUGCAUCCCUAUCCCUGCAGAUGCAGACCCUAGUUGUUUCACACCAGGUGGGGCUUCGCAUGGGACCUCACAUGGGCCAAACAGCAAUGGGCACGGGAAUGGCCAUGGGAAUGGACAUCAUGGGCCAGUUAGCGGGGUGCCGAGCAGUCACAGUAGCAGCAGUAGUAGUAGCCGACACGGCAUUUCGGAUGAGGCCAAAGCCACCAUCCUUCACCUGAGGGAGAGCCUUGUGCGACAGAAGGAGACCAUCUUGGAUCAGCGAGAGACCAUUCGGGAACUGACAGCAAAACUGACUCUCUGUGAAAGCUUUGGGAGGGGACACCAUGACGAUCAUCACGGCCCUUCGCAACACAACUCCCAGCAUUCCUCACACCAUUAUGACGGCCACCAUGCUGACCCACACUUCCCUUUAAACGGGCAUCGCAGUGACCAUCACAGAGGCAAAUCUCCAUAUCUGGGGAAACACGGCUUCUCCCCAGAACAGACAGGAAAGACCCUGCAGGCCCUGAAGGAGAGGCUGGAAAAUCUUCAGGCAAGAAAUUCUUCCAGUUCCUAUUCAAGUUCAUUGAGAAACCUCCUGCAGCGCAAGAUCAACGCACUGGAAGAACAGCUCCAUCAUCACUAUGACAGUCAUUACGGUCAUCGUGACAGCCAUCACGGAUAUGGUCAUCAUGAGGAUAACCAUGACCAUGAUGACCACCAUAAUAACCACCACAAUAACCACCAUGAGGACCAUCAUGAUAACCAUGACAGCCUACAGGCAAACCAUCAUGAUGACCAUCACUCCAGUAACCAUCGUAACCACCAUUAUAGUUAUCGUUAUGACCAUCACACCGACCACCAUGAUGAUCACCACGAUGACCACCAUGGCAAUCACCAAGACAAUCAUCAAAGUGGCCAUGAUGAUCAUCAUGACAGCCACCACAACAGCAACCACCACGAUGAUCAUCAUGAUGAUGGCCAUCAUAACGGACACCAUGGAAAUGAUGAUCAUGUUCAUCAUCCACAAACCUUAUUCAAACCACCUGGGUCUAGAGCACCUGUCCGUGGUGCCAUCAACAAACUAGAUGCAGUGCUGAGUAACCUACACUACAAAACUCCAGAACAAGGACCAAAUAAAAAGCCCAAGAAUCCUGACGCUUUUCAGAUUGGCUUCCCGAUGCGCUCCAACUACAUGUAUGGGCGAAUCAAGCGCACCCUUCUGAGCGAGAUCUUCGCCCUCACAGUCUGUCUUUGGUUGAAAGGGGGCUCAGGUCCUGGGAUCGGAACCCCAUUCUCCUACUCUGUCCCAGGUCAGGCCAACGAGCUCGUCCUGAUUGAAUGGGGCAACAAUCCUAUGGAGCUACUGGUGAAUGACAAGGCAGUUACUCUUCCUCUUUCUCUGACGGACAGUAAAUGGCACCACCUUUGUAUAACGUGGUCCACACGUGACGGCAUGUGGGAGGCUUAUCUGGAUGGUGUGAAAAGGGGCUCUGGAGAGAAUUUGUCCCCGUGGCAUCCCAUUAAACCAGGAGGAGUCUUCAUCCUCGGACAGGAGCAGGACACUCUGGGGGGCCGUUUCGAUGCCACACAGUCUUUUGUGGGCGAGAUGUCAGAUCUGCAGCUGUGGUCGCGUGUGCUCACCUCCACCGAGAUCUACAACCAAGCGUCCUGCUCCAGCCACCUCACCGGUGACGUCAUCACCUGGAGCGAGUCCAUGGUGGAACUUCACGGAGGUGUCACAAAGUAUCCGUUCGACCCUUGUCAUUAGGGAUCUGACCAAACAGAGCCUGAUUCUCCACACCUCUGCUUAACGUGCAGCUGGAAAGGUGGAGAAUUCUGAAUCCAGAUGGAAAGGCUGAGGAGAAGGCCACGGACUGCAGCCACUCCUUCAAGAUAAUCGGGAUUCCAAACAGGUCUACAUAGGCCUCGGGCAUUUAACUAAGCACUUUAGUAGUUUACGUGUGUAAGAGUUACAUACUACAUAUCGAUAAGCACUUGGAAUGUCAACAGACUGGUUGAACUCCAUUCCGUGUUUCUGAUUCCCUUCAAAACACUAAUGGAAGAACUUCAGUAUGCUGAACGUAUAAAACAAUCCACAACAACAAUUAAUAACAGUUGGCAUAUACUAUCAAAAAAGCCGGGACGAUGUGGUCUAUUUUUAUAUCUCUGUAAUGUAACAGAUUUGAAAAACAACAGUUUUUUUUUUUUUUGGUUGCUUUGACCCAUUUGUAUUCACUCUAGGCAGCAUGGGGGCAGCAGUGAGUUUAAAAAGCCUACUUCAUUAUUACAUUUCAUUUAUGCUGCACUUUUUAAGCCAGAACUUCAGUAGUUAAUAACCUGAGGUGCUCUUUUAGUCCUGCAAAUCAAGAAUAAGUUAUGCUGGAAAAGAAAUAAAAAUAAUUUUUUAUGUAUGUAAAUUUGUAUUACAGAAAGCCGGAAAAUGUGCAUUCAUCAUGUUAGAGCAUAGAAAUGUGUAUGAUUGCAGUUUUGUAUUGCAUUAGAAGAAUUGAAGUGUUGGAAAAGAUGGAUUUUCUUCAUAUGUAUAAUGUACAAGAUGACAAGUGUUGUCUGUGGGAUGGUGGGCUGCUGUUAUGGAUUUAUAUACAGUACGCACAUGCCAGAAAACUAUUGCUUAAUGAAAACAGUGAGGUGUUCAUGGAAACAUAGCUUAAAAGGGGAUUAAAGAGACUCUCUCUGUCUAUCUCUCCCUCCAUUUCAUAAUAUAUAAUGCACUUUUUUGUGUUUAAACACAUGCACGUGUAGCUCAAGAAAACUGCGUCAAGAGUACUUGUCACUGUGAAUAACAUUGCAAAUGUUAUUCUGUGAAAUGUUUUCUAAAUUGUUACUUGCAUGUGUUGUAUACAUUUGUUUUGAGGCCAAGUGAAAACCAAUGAUGAGACAAUGAACAGAUUUUUGGUUUGAUUAUGGAAUGAUUAACUUAAGUACAAUAUUGUUUUAAGCAUUUUGAUUACAGUAACACAUACAGUAUAUACAUUGUUUUGUGUCAUGUGGGGCUAUGAAAAAACAUUGUUUUAACAUGCAGUUUCUGUUUACUAAGUUUUUCAUGAUUACUGCAAAUUCAAAACCUAAAAAAAACACGUCCGAAGAGGCGAUUUAGUGAAAGGUGAUAAAAGUGAUAAAAAAAUUAUUUCAUCUUUAUAAAUGUGGAGAGUUUUUGCCCUAACCAACCACAGCAGGAAAUUUUGUGGAUUACAUACUGUAUGCAAGUUUUCUGCUUGCUGUGAAAUUUCAUUGGCCUAAAAACCAUAUCGUGUUCCUUCAGGACAUGUGUUAUUCUGGGCAAAGACUCUCAGAAUUCAUACCUACAGCAGUUUAUUAAAAUGCUUCUUUUUAUUGUUAUGAAUUUAACCUAUAAUCUGGAAGCAUUUUUAGAUUAUUCAAUUCAAUUUCAA